CAUCGGCCGCCGCCUUCUCCGGCGGAUCCAUUUUCUCGGCCGAAAAAUUUUCAGUCUCCUCUGUAACCUCCGUUGACUCAUCGGAGAGAGGUUGAUGUGGCUGAACCGCGCGUCUGUUUCCGUACGAUGUUUGGAAACUUUGCGAAGAAUUCGGAAUCCGCCAUGGAUGACGUCUUCCAUGGUGUUCUACUCAGAUUCUACGGAGAAGAAGGCGAAGGUUGCGCCGCUACAGGAGACAAGAAUGAGAGACAGAUUUACACUGUACGCCAAGGGCGGUGACGGCGGCGGAGGCUGUUCCAGUAUCCGUCGAAGCCGCACUGAUCGCCGUGGAAGACCUGAUGGUGGUAAUGGUGGGAGAGGAGGUGACGUAAUUCUAGAGAGCACACACGCCAUUUGGGAUUUCAGCGGGCUUCAACCUCAUGUUAAAUCUGGAAAAGGCGGUCCAGGAUCUUCCAAGAACAGGAUAGGGACCAGGGGAGAAGACAAGAUUGUGCAAGUACCAGUCGGGACUGUGAUUCAUCUUGUGAAAGGUGAAAUCACAUCGCAUGUUGAAGAGGACACGUCGAAAGAUUUGGAUCCAUGGGAGCUUCCUGGGAGUCUGGCCGGAGAUCCCGCAGCUGAGAACCCUGACGACAUUCAUCAUGAAACUAUUCCCAAAACCGAUCAUGUUGCUACAGCGAAAGAGGAUUUACGUAGUCCAGUAAGUGCUCAAAAGGUUACCGAAGGUGAUGGAGAAGAUGACAUGGAUCAAAUCAUGUAUAAUGUUGCUGAAUUAAGACACCAAGGUCAGAGAAUAAUCGUUGCUCGCGGCGGUGAAGGUGGUUUGGGAAGUAUUUGCGCAACAAACGUUUGGAAAAGCAGCAAAUCUGCGAAACCCGUGAUCCAUCAAAAUAAUCUCUCGAGCAUAAAUGAUGAAGCUGCAUCUGAUGACGAAAACUUGAGUCUGAGGUCUGGUUUACCGGGUUCCGAAUCCGUUCUGAUACUCGAACUGAAGAGCAUAGCUGAUGUUGGCCUCGUCGGUAUGCCAAACGCAGGGAAGAGCACCCUUCUCGGGGCAUUAUCCAGGGCUAAACCCCGUGUAGGACAUUACGCGUUCACGACACUACGGCCCAACUUAGGUAAUGUAAACUUCGAAGAUUUCUCCAUCACAGUUGCUGAUAUUCCAGGUCUCAUAAAGGGUGCUCAUCAGAACCGUGGAUUAGGCCACAACUUUCUCCGACACAUCGAACGCACCAAGGUUCUUGCAUACGUAGUGGACUUGGCAUCCGGACUUGAUGGCCGGAAAGGGAUCAUGCCGUGGAGACAACUGAAGGAUCUGGUGAUGGAACUUGAGUUUCAUCAAGAGGGUUUAUCAGAUCGACCUUCCUUGAUCGUCGCGAAUAAGAUCGAUGAGUCGGGCUCGGAUCAAAGAUUGGAAGAACUAGAGAGAAGGGUUCAUGGAGUUUCGAUCUUUCCGGUUUGUGCGGUUUUAGGAGAAGGUGUAGAAGAGCUUAAAGAUGGUCUGAAGAUGCUGGUGAAUGGCGGUGAUGAUUCGGAUAGAUUACGGCUGGAGAAUAUCUGUGCUGACUAGUUCUGUUUCUUGUUUGUUGCCAUGAGUUUGGUCCCUGAGAUUUUCCGGUAACUUUCCGGCGACUAAUUGGUGGAAUAUUUUACCGGAGGAAGUAGACUGAAACAUUGUCAUGGAAUUCGACGUUUCAUUGUCUUGUGAUGUAGAAAGAGACAUGAAGUUCGAGUUUUGUAUUACAACAGAUACAAAAUCCAUCUCUUGAAGUUCAUCCGACCAAAA